UUGGGUAUUCGGCCGUCGGCGUGACGAGAGCGAAGUGCGAACGCGUACCGCGUACGGCGUACGAGAAAUAAACAGAGUGCGGCGUGUAGUAGUGGUGGUGGCGAGAGCGCGCGUUUAACAACCAUGUCGUCGUCGAACAAGAAGGCCAAGGAGGAAGAUCCAGGCUCGGGCGAGGGGGACGCCCGCGAUUACGACGUCGAGAUACAGAAGACCCUCGAGGAGAUCGACGGCUGUCAGAAUCAAAUCGAUGGCCUGAACGAGAAGGCCAGCGACGAGAUCCUCGAGGUCGAGAAGAAGUAUAACAAGCUGCGCAAGCCCUACUUCCAGAAGCGUAACGACAUCAUUAAGAGGAUACCCAACUUUUGGGUCACCGCUUUUGUAAACAACAAAGAAAUAGCCGAAAUAUUAGAAGAAGACGAGGAAGAUGCAUUGAGAUUCUUAAACAAAUUAGAAGUUGAAGAAUUCGAAGAUAUCAAAUCUGGCUAUAGGAUUAAUUUUUAUUUUGAUGAGAAUCCAUAUUUUGAAAAUGAUGUUUUAACUAAGGAAUUUCAUCUAGGAUCUUCUGGAGAUCCAGCAUCUCAAAGUACAUCUAUUCGUUGGAAAGAUGGUGCGGAUUUAACAAAAAAAGCAAAAACCAAAGCACCACUGAAAGGACGUAAGAGGCCACUCAAGCACAGAUCAUUUUUUGAUUGGUUUACGGAUCACGGAGAUCCAAGCUCAGAUGAGAUAGCUGAACUUAUUAAAGAUGAUAUGUGGCCUAAUCCAUUGCAGUAUUACCUGGCUCCAGAUAUGGAAGUUGAAAAUGGUAUUGAGGGCGACGGUGAAGAAUGUGAAAGCGAAGAGGAGGAUGAAGAGGAAGAUGGUGCGGAUGAAGGUGAUGAAGGAGCAGAAGGAGAAGAGGGAGAUGACAGUAUAGUGGUAGUCGAGGAUGAUGUUGAUGAAGAUGAUGAUGAGGACGAGGCUGUGAAUGAUGAAGAUGAUGGUGUCAAUGAAGAGGAUGAUCUAUUGGACGAUGAAGGAGAUCGUGAAGAGGGAGAAGAACCUAUAUAAAGUUGGAGUUUGGUUUCUGACAUCAUACAAA